CAGGGCUUUGACAAGAUCAAGGGUGAUACUGGACCACUUGAGGGUGUCUACCUGUGCAAUGUCUACAUCACCAGAUGAUGAGGUCAUACUGGAGAGACAUGGCAACAAGGGAGUCAUUACACUGAAUAGACCAAAAGCCCUCAACGCAUUAAAUCUGAGCAUGAUCAGAAAAAUGUACCCAGUGCUAAAGGCUUGGGAAGACGAGGCCUCAUUCAGAAUGAUCAUCAUAAAAGCAAAUGGAGGAAAGGCUUUCUGUGCUGGUGGAGAUAUUGUUGCUGUAACAGAAGCUGGUAAAGUUGAUGGGCAAUUAGCAAAAGAUUUCUUCAAAGAGGAGUACAUUCUAAAUAAUUUUAUAGGUACAACAGAUAUCCCCUAUAUAGCUCUGAUUGAUGGAAUCACUAUGGGAGGGGGAGUUGGGUUGUCUGUACAUGGUAAAUACAGGGUGGCUACUGAGAAAACAAUCUUUGCAAUGCCAGAAACAGGAAUAGGUUUAUUUCCUGAUGUUGGAGGUGGUCAUUUUCUACCCCGGUUAGGAGGGUACCUAGGUCGUUAUCUAGCUUUAACUGGGUUUAGACUAAAAGGAGUAGAUGUCUACAAGGCUGGCAUUGCAACACAUGUAGUGGACUCUGACAAGCUAGUAGACUUGGAGAAUGAACUACUCAAUCUUAAGAUAGCCAAAGAGCAAAGCAUAGUUAAUGUACUCAAUUCAUACCAUGAUAAGAGUUCCAUUGACAAAUCUCAAGACUUUAUACUGAAGCCACAUCAGGAGGAAAUCAACCAGUUGUUUAGUGGUCAAACUUUAGAAGAGAUCUUCCUGAAUCUGGAAAGAGCUGACACGGAGUGGGCCAGCAAAACAUUACAGACUCUAAAACGGAUGUCUCCAGUAUCUAUGAAGGUGACUCUACGUCAGAUCCAAGAAGGGGCAUCAAUGAUGCUACAGGAUGUCUUGCAAAUGGAAUACAGGAUAAGCCAACAGUGUAUUGCACAGAAAGACUUUUAUGAAGGAGUUCGAGCAGUCCUCAUAGACAAGGACCAGA